AUGGUGCAAAAUCACCAACAACAGCUCAGCGAACAUCAUGACUUUGCAGUAACUGUGCUCUUUGACAUGUUCUCUGUGGAGACUGGACAUUAUCAGUUACUGAAAUAUCUGAGCCUUAAACCAGAGGAGUUUUUGAAUAAGACACUGUACUGGAUACAAAUAUAUCCCAUUGAGAAAUUUACUGAUGUGACGAAAAGAAACGACCCCUCACUGAGAGCUCUGACAGCACUGAAACUCCUCAACUCUUUCUCUGGGACUUUGGAGCACUUUCAACACAACAAGGAAAUGAAUGAGAUCAGCAGAACAACAAUUCAGGAUGUGGAGAGGAACAUUGAGAGAAGUAUCCGGGAAGCCACAGCCAAACAUGGAGAACUGCAAUUUGACGCUGAUCACAAACAACAAGUGAAAUACUACUGUGACUUCAGUGCUAUCAACCCUGUGAUGGAAGACUGUCUGUUACAGUGUGCUGUAGAGUCCAUCAAACUCAAGGCGGAGAAUCUUGACAUGAUCUCACAUAGCAGCAGAUAUGGGAGAGUGAUGUCUGUGAUCAUCAGUCAUACCUGGAAAAAUCUGAAAGGAAACACCAUAGACUGGGAACAUCUCCUCACUGACCCUCAUUCUGUAGAGCUUCUCAGAAUUCUUGGGGAUGUAUCAAGCUUUGAAAAUGCUUUGAAAAAAGCACAAGAUAAAUUCCAAACAUUUAGGUACAGGCAGAAGCAAGGCAGGGCACUUCUUCAUCUCUGUGAUGGUGUUGAUGUUGAUGCAAGGCAAAUUAAAGAGGCCUUAACAGUUGACUUGACUAAGGAUGAACGACCCCUUGACCUUCUGAUGCAACUAUGGGAGGAAGAGGAAAUGGAAACUGAAGAAAAUAUAAGCAUUGAAGCAUUUUGGAAGAUUGAAGUUGCUUCCCAGAGUAGAGUGUUUAAAAAGCUGUGGGACUAUAACGUACAAAGAGAAACAGAAGUUCACAGUCCCCCUCCAAUAUCACUGCACCAACUACAUGACAAGAUUUACAGACCCACUGUGAACGAAUUCACCAGGACCUACGAAGCCCUCAGAAACAUGUCCAUGCAGGUGGAGGAGUUUGAUCAGAUAUUUGGGGAGUCGGAGGUGGACUUUAUUAAAGAUGAGCUCAAAGUAAUGGGACAGUCAUUUGCAUACAGUAUGCAGGCUGCAUGGAUCACAACCAUUUGUGAUCAUAUCAAGCGGUAUAGAAAACUGCAGGAUGUUGUGGAACCAGCUAGAACCGUACAUGCACUGCAGGAAGGCCUGGAACUGACAGGAGACUUCAGCCCCCUUAGUGAUUUUCAGAUUGACCGUUUCAGAGCAAAAUGUUUGAAGGAUUUCUCUGAGGAGAUGGAGACCACUGGUGCCAAACUCAAAGUUCUUGAUAACCUGGUUGUUUGCCUGUUGGAGGAGUUGCUGAACUGUGUGAGCAAAGACUUUAUCAGUUGGGUCAGGUCAAUUAUGAAAGAUCAAAAAGAGCUCACUGUGUUUGUGGAACUGGCCACAGCCUUUGCUGGAGAGAACACAAUGGACAUCGAUAAAGUCCGAAACUUCAGAGAUGCCGUCUUUGCUUGUGCUCCAAUCAUCUAUGAUCUUGAUAAAAAUGCAGGAUUUGACGACCUAAUGGAAAAGAUCAAAAGCCUUAAGGAGUUCACUGACAAGGAUGCUGAUCUUCAACACAAACUGCGAGACUCCUGUGUGCAUAAACCAUGGCUGGAGACAGCCCACGCUGCCCAUGGCUCUGUCGCUAAAUCAUCUCUGCUUCAGGCUACUGAGAUCAACAAAAACGGGGUCUACAUCAUCAAGCAGCCCUCUACACGGGGCACAAUGAGACUGGAUGACUGCAUUUCCUUAAAUAUUGGAGAAAAAUCUUCUGAAAAUCAGGAUGUUCAGUACAAGACAUACAACCUGUCACAGCUUCAAGAACUUCAAAACAAGCUGAUGUUAAUCACUGCAACCGAUGAACAAACUGAAUCCAUCUCUCAGUAUGUGGAGGUCUUGGAACAAAUAUUACAUGCUGGAGAGCUGUUAAUUAAACUGACUGAAGCAGGCCAUAUUCUGUUCACAGACUGGGCUCUUAGAGCUUACUGUGAUGACAAACAUGCAGUGAAAGUACAUAUUGACUUUGGCCUCACCGGCAUGGCAAUCCAAGGACAUGGGGAAUUGCUGGUGGAGCUGACUGGUGUUUGUAAAAGUAUGCAGGAUUGCCUGGAUAAGUGGCUAACCUACACAACAAAACACAGAGAUGAGUAUUACUUUCUCAAUUACUUCACAGCCAAACAACUGGUAACACUGUGUUGUGCUGUUGCAAAUUUGCAAAAGAAUGAAGAGGUCCCCACAGGGGUACUGAACUUGUUGUCCUUCAUAAAGAAGAAUGUCACUGAAAAGGACCUAAGAGAUGCUUUCACUGCAGCACUCAAAACUCCGCUGCAAAAUUCAAGUAGUUUGAAUCUGCGGUCACCUCAGAUUCAAGAUUACCUUGUUACGUUCCCAGAAAUUAUUAAUUAUGUUGUUCAAGCCGGGUACUCUGAAGAUGCUGCCAAAGCUGCAGUCAUGUAUUGCAAAAGUGGUGAAGAAGGUGUGGAGGAUUUUCAAGUGGAUGAAGAAGCCGUGAUGGAAUGUGUUUAUGAAUAUAGCACUGACGAUGACUGGGUAAAAAAAUGGAGUACAGACUUUGAGGAGGAACGGGAAAAUGUUCUUCAGAACCAGAUGAAAUUCAGUGGGGGUCACUCUCCAGAACAAAUGCAAACAACAUUUUCACAGGAUGACAUGAUCAACAUGUUUGAGAACCUCACUUCCUGUAAAGAGAAGAUCACAAUACUGUGGGAGACCUACUGUGGAAAACUCUCGGGACUUGUGUCAGAUAAAUAUGCAGGGCUGGAUCUGGUCGGGGAAACCUUGAAGCAGUUGGCAGAAACUGAGAAAGACACAGUCCAGAGGACACUUACACGCCAUCUAGAAAGAGGCAAGCCAAAUCUCGUAUCUUGUAGUGAUGUGGAGAUGCUGCCCCACUGCUUGUCUCUCUACCUCAGUGAGGAACAACCUCUGCCGACCUUUGAUGAAAUUCUGAUCUGCACCUCUGAGACGACAGCAGAGGAGGUAGAGCUGAUAAUCCGGAGAGCGGUGCAACCAGGGAGCAGACAUGAGAAAAUCUACUCCCUAUUAAAUGCUGACAAACUGAAUCAUGAGGUGUCUAGAACAUUGGAAUCCUCUUUUUACCACUUCUCCCAGAGUCAGGAUGUCACUGUGGCAAAAGAUUACAACUUUGUCAUAUUUUGCAAUGCAAAAGCCCAUCACAGUUAUGUUCUAACAGCUUUUGAUGAGUACAGAAGAACAGUCCCAUCCCAGAGCUAUGGAGACAUUCAAAAGCUCCUGAGGGUAAAGCACGCACUGUCAGCUGAAGCUGGAUUUACAUCAAUCAUCCCAGAGAAGUUUCAGCAAAGCAUAAAAAUGGUUGUGUCGGCCAGAGCUGGUAUGGGAAAAACACUGUUUGUGAACAACCUUGUGAAAAGAUCGGUGGACUCACUGAAAGACCAGGGAUUUACACACAAAACCAUCAGCCUGACUGAAUCAGAGAUAAAACCAGGGUACAUUUUUGAACAGCUGAGACCAUAUGAAGACAAACCAGAGGAUAAAGUCCCAAGAGUCUUCCAUUUUGAUGUACCUCCAGUGGUGUGUAAAGGACUCUACUCAUUCCUCGUUCAGCUCUUCGUGCUCAGAUGUUUCCAGAGCACAGAUGGGUCCAUCUGGAGAUGCAAAGACUGUCACCUCUACUUAGUAGAGUUUACAGAGAGGAAACCUACAGGGAGAGACAGUGAAAAUUCAGAGAUGCCCAAAGAGAUGAAAAACUGUUUAUUGGAAAUGUUUACCACAGUGAGAUGUUUGUCACCAAAAGAUACUGAAGAACAAUUGAGUGGGAGCACAAAUUAUACAGAGAAAGAGUUUCAAGCAAUGGAUGACUCUGAAUUCAGGAGUGAAGCAUUUCAAAGAACCUACCAAUAUCUGAAACACUUCAAACAGAAUGAACUUGAACAAUUCAAAUUUGAUCCCAAAAAAUGUGCUGAUUCUCCUAAGGAGUGGUUGGAAUGCAUUUUGCAUUUUUGUGAGAUCAAGGACCCUUCCUGGGUGGAGCUUCGCAAUUUCACCCAUUUCCUUAAUGUGCAGCUGGAGAAAUGUGAAAACUCUGUGUUCUGCAGUGACAUACUUAAAAAUGACCUGACUGGAUUCAGAGCCUUUGUGGUUAAAUUUAUGAUUACAAUGUCUCAAGAUUUCACCAUGCCAUCAUUGAGGACAUCUGAUGAGAGUGAUCUGUCUGGAAGAACUGAAGAUGAAGACAUUCUCAGUGAAUAUCAGAUUAAGAGACGAUGGGAACAACGUUCACACCCAUACAUCAUGUUUAAUGCUGAUGGAGUGUCCAUGACCUUCUUAGGGUUUCACAUCCAAAACCUGAAUGCAGUUGAUGUCCAUUCUGGAGAGGUAAUUGAGCCUAACAUAAUAACUCACCAGUUACUAAGGCAACUGAAGACCCAAAGAGUGCCAAUCAACAUUGACUUCAACAACCUGGCUCGAGCUGAUCAGCUUGAGAUUUUAUGCAGAGUUCUUGGUGUCACCAGGAUGAAGGAUCCAGAUGAGUCUUAUCAGCUCACACUGGACAACGUCUUGAAAAUUCUUGCCAUUCACAUGCGAUUUCAGUGCAACAUACCCGUGAUCAUUAUGGGAGAAACUGGAUGUGGUAAAACUCGGUUAGUCCAGUUUAUGUGUGAUCUGCUGAAGACAGAAAAUGGGAGGAGGAAUAUGAUUGUGGUGAGAGUCCAUGGAGGCACAACAUCUGAAGAAAUCUACAAGAAAGUUCAACAGGCCAUUCAAAUUUCAAAAGAAAAUGAAGCUCUUGGAAUGGACACUGUCCUCUUUUUUGAUGAGGCAAACUCAACAGAGGCUGUGUAUGCUAUUAAGGAAGUGAUCUGUGACAAGACAGUCAAUGGAUGUAAAAUUGAUGCCCCACAUCUCAAAUUUGUAGCUGCUUGUAAUCCUUACAGAAAGCAUACCCAGCAGGCAAUAGAACAACUAGAGAAAGCUGGACUGGGUUACAGGGUGCGGGCUGAAGACACAAGGGAGAAACUGGGUCAAAUUCCAAUGAGGCAGCUUGUAUACAGAGUUCAACCAUUGCCACCCAGUCUGUCACCUCUUGUCUGGGACUUUGGCAAGUUAAAUGAGCACACUCAAGAUCUCUACAUCACACAGAUGGUACGAUCCUUUUUCAAAAAGGAACACCUCCCUGAGAAAUAUGAAACUGUAUUCACAAAAGUGAUCUCUGUAUCUCAGAGGCACAUAGCAGGUAUAGCCAAUGAAUGCAGAAUGGUGAGCCUCAGAGACAUUGAACGAUGCAUGAAAACAGUCAUGUGGUUUCAUCAGCAAAGAACUACAUUGUACCCUCUCAUUGAUCAGAAAAAAGAAGGGAAGGGACCUGGAAACGUGAGUGGCUCACUCAUCGAUGACAUCAUACGCUCCUUGAUUCUUGCAGUCGGAGUGUGUUACAAUGCAUCACUAGAGCAGCGUGAGAAAUACAUUGAAAAGGUGGCAGAAGUUCUUUCUUUGACAACCACUGAUAUAAUUAAUGAAAUAGAUUUCUGCCAAGAGGUCUUCAUUGAUAAUGUGGAUUUAUCAACAACUGCAACAGCAAAGAAUGAUGCCCUAAAGGAGAAUGUCUUCAUGAUGAUAGUCUGCAUGAAUCUGAGACUACCUCUGUUUCUUGUUGGAAAACCAGGAAGUUCUAAAUCACUCUCAAAAACAAUAGCUGCAGAUGCUCUGCAAGGGAAAUCCUCACGCAGCGACCUCUUCAGAAACUACAAACAGGUUCAGCUCCUCUCAUUCCAGUGUAGUGCCCAUUCAACAUCUGAUGGAAUCAUUUCCACCUUCAGACAGUGUGCCCAGCUUCAGUUAAACCAGAACCUGGAAGAAUAUGUCUCGGUAGUUGUGCUUGAUGAGAUUGGAUUAGCAGAAGACUCUCCUACGAUGCCACUGAAAACUUUACAUCCUCUCCUUGAAGGUGGCUACAUUGAUGAUGAGGAGCCAAAAGAUUCCUUAAAAGUUGGAUUCAUUGGAAUUUCCAACUGGUCACUGGACCCUGCUAAGAUGAAUCGUGGCAUACUUCUGCUUAGAACUUCUCCAGGAGAAGAUGAACUGGUCAAAACAGCCCAGAAAAUUUGCAAAUUUGCUGAACCUACAACUACAGACAUUGAGGAAAACAUUCCCAAACUCACCAAGGUUUAUUCUGCAAUUUUGAGGGAGGCACAAAGCUACAAUGAGUUCUAUGGACUUAGAGACUAUUAUAGUCUCAUCAAGGUGAUUGUGACCUAUGCACGAAUGCCAAGUUGUGAACUAUCCGUGGAUGAUCUUGCAAAAGCUGUUCAAAGAAACUUUGGAGGUCUGGAUUCUCAAGUCAAAAUUCUGAACAUAUUUAACAGUUUUUUCCAGACUACAGGAAAGCCAGCCAAAACCAUCGAACUGGUGAAGGAGAAUCUUGAUUCGAAGGAGAGGACAGGCCUAGAACCAAGGUAUCUUUUGCUUCUCACAAGUAACAAUGCUGCCCUUUCAAUCCUGCAAAGCCUGAAAGUCAUUGACAAAAAUGACACCGAAAUCAUCUUUGGAUCUGGAUUCCCACUCGACCAAGAGUAUUCUCAGGUCUGCCGAACAGUGAACAGGGUGAAGACUUGCAUGGAGGCAGGAAGGCCUGUUGUGCUGCUGAACAUUCAGAGUCUCUAUGAGAGUCUGUAUGAUGCCUUGAACCAAUGCUAUGUCAAACUAGGUGGGAGUAACUACGUAGACAUUGGACUUGGGUCUCACCGUGUCAAAUGCAGAGUCAGGGAUGAAUUCCGCCUCAUUGUCAUUGAGGAGAAAAGUGUGGUGUAUUCACAGUUUCCAGCCCCUCUCCUUAGCAGGCUUGAAAAGCAUUGUUUGGAAAUGUCUACAAUCCUCUCUGAAGACACAAGGGAAAUGCUUGGAGUUUUGGAAAAUCAAGUUAAGAAGAUGUUUUCAAGUGAAGGUGAAAACUGUAAAACUCUUUGUGAUACUUUGAUCGGGUUCACUGGUGAUACCAUGGCAUCAGUACUACUGCAGUGUUGCCCUCAAUCUGCCUCUGAGUGCUGGGACUCAGCCAUGAAAAAUGAUGCCAUUCAACAAGCAAAGGAAAAAGUAAUACAGUGUGCAACUCUAGAUUCCAUUCUCAGAGUGACCGAGGAAAAAGAGGCUGUUCAGGACCUGUACUUCACACAUCAGACUCACAUCAAUCUGACUGACGUGAUCAAGAAACAUCGGACGGCUAGUGACAAAGGGAUGUGUCUGGAGGUGUCAACGUAUUCUCGACUCCUGAAUCAAAGAGAUUUGAAAUCAAUGAAUACAGAACUGAAUAUCUCCAAACAUCAGUCCCACCUGUUUCGACUUCAGGAGUUUCAAACAGAGCAGGCUUUUUGUGACGCACUGAGAAAAUGUUUCUUGUCGAGUGCUGAGGGAAGAUUGCUCGUUUUGAUUCAGUUCUACUUUGAAAAUCCGAAUCAGAGUCAACGACUCCUUUCUUGUACCAGGUACUGCAUCUCAAAAUUUCUGAGAGAAUUCCAGGAGAAGACAAUUGUUGAUGUUAUCCUGCUAAUCAGAAUUCCAAGGAUAUCAGGAGGGUGUGGAUACACUGCCCUUAUUGGAGAUGACUGGGACUGUGCCCAUUUGGAUGAACUCGUCCCCACCAAAGGGCUGACAUCAGACAUGCAGAAACUGUGUAGCAUGUCAAUACCUGAAAUCUUUAAGAAGAGCAUGGUAUGCAGCAAAGUUUCAGAAAGGUUUUUCAAAACCCUGGAGAAGAGAAUCUCAUCUGUCCUGACUACCCAAGAGAAAGAGUCAACGGCAAACUGGGUUAUUGCUCAAGCCAAGUCCAAGAGUUUUGUGGUUGAAGGGACAUCAUUUCGCCAUGCCUUGUGGAUUCAUCUGGAGGACAGAAUUGCAUCAGCCAUGGCUCAGGUCUUGGCAACAGCUGAUGGAGACAAUAACUUGGAUCAUGUUGCCAUCGGACAGCCCUCAGACAAAACAAACCUGUGGCUACAGAUCUUUCAGAGUGAAGAUCUCUUGUCUAUUCCAGUCCUAUCAACAGAAUCCUAUUCUGUGCUGUCCUCAAGCAAGUCAAAAGAGAAAUCAUUGUCAUUCAGUUUUCCAUUCAGCUGGGUUGUGAAGGCCAGGUUUGACCAGAUCUGGAAGCAGGUCCAUGAUCUUCCAGAAUCAUUAAUGUCAACUCUGAAACAAAUACAGAAAUGUGAGGAAUUGAUCAAAUUCCCCUGGUUGUUUGGCAUUAGAAAAACAAACUCACUGUUUGGACUGUAUGCUGAGGAUCUGGCCAGAAUACACAUACCAGAGUGUCCACAGGAGCUCAAUCAGUCAUUUUCAGUUGUCCUUGUUGAACUUGCUGCGAACAUGUACAAAGACCUGACAAAGGAUGAUCCAGAGAAUGUCUCUCUGCUUUGGCUCCAUGUCACCUAUGAGAACAUGCAUGACAAUCAUCAGAUUCUCUACAAACUAUCACAACAAUGCAGUGACCAGUUUGACAUCAGCGAAGCCAGAGAAGCCACAGAGGCAACACACCUUUUACUGGAGAAACUCCAGCCCAGUGAUGAGCUGCUGAGGGAUUACCCCAGCUGUAAGGACUGGCUGAAGAGGGUAAAGACAGUGUCAACUACAGUAGAGCUCAUUCUUUCUGAGGAUUCUCUGAUCAAACGUUAUUGGACAGAGGGAGAGAAACUAACUGAGAGCAUAAGAACGCUAUGGCACAGGACACAAAUAGUUUAUCUACUGAUGGAUAAUCUCUUACAAGAUGAAACUCCCAUGGAAGAAAAACUUCUCAAAAUUGUCACAAAGAAUUUCAUACUCCUUUGGAAGAUGAUUGCAAAGAAAAAAAUGGAUAUGGAGCUGACAUUUAAAGAGGUGACACGGAUGCUGAAGCAAUGCAACAUCAACGCCUGCAACAUCUACCUGAAAGGCACCAUUGACUGCAAAUCUUGUGGAAAUGAGUUCACUGACCCAGUUGAACUGCCAUGUGGACAUAUUUUCUGCAAAGCUUGCAUAGAUUUAGCAGAUGCCCAGAACUGUUUCACAUGCGGUGAACCAAUAAACACUGAUUACAAACCAUGUGAGCCAGUUAAGAGGGAAGCGAUACUGAAGCUGAGUAAGUUCAGGAGUCAUUGCAAUUCCUUCUUUGUGGAAUUCAUCCUGAAGUGCUGUGUGGGUGAAAAUAUCUGUGUGCCUGAUGGAGUGGUGAAUUUACUGCUGGACUUUGUCAAAGGGAACCCCAAUAAACAAGCCAAGGCCUCCAACAGGACAUCUGAACUCUCUCCUUUUCAUGAAUGCAUGGACCCAAGUCCAGCUGUCCAGUCUCUGGUGCUGAAGAUUCUCCUCAGAAGCCGACUGGAUGAGAUGGGGAAACAUUUACAGAGAUACAUUGAGGAGGCUCUAAAACAUAAUGAGAAUCCUGAAGAGUUCUAUCUGAUGGUUGUUCGCAGCACAGAGGAUCAGAUACAGACAUCUUCCCAUGAAGCGUUGAUCCGGAAAGCCAUAGAAUGUCUGAAUUUUGACACUUCCAUGCUUUCAAGCCCAGGAAGGGAUGUGACGUUUGAGGAUUUGCACUGUAUUGCCAAAAUAAGAUUUGCUGUCACCGUUGCCUCAGAUAUCAUUGGACGUUUGAAAUCUGUGGAGGUGCUGGUAGAAGAUGGGCCAGUUACUGACAGUGGUGGUACAAAGAUCUCACCUGUAAGUGAAAGCCUGGAGGAUGAGACAGAAGACCACACCCUAAUCUCUGAUGGACAGAAUGAUGGAGUGGAGGGUGGACAGCUCACUGAUGCUGACAUUGAUGGGGCACAGACCUCACCAUCAACUGCACAUCUGACGGUUGAGACAGCAGACCCUACCCUGCAGUCUAAUGGACAAACUGGUAAAAUAGAGGGUAGCCACGGUGGUGCAUCCAUUCUCAUUCAGAGGCUUGAGGAAAUUGUUAUGAAGAACCAGUGGAUCCAGAUAUUCCUGAUCCGAAACUUGUGCAAUGUCUUUGGUCUUAAAAUCAUUCAACAGAAUGAAAAUUUACACUGGAUUCUGCCAAAGGAACUCAGGGACAAAAAGGCUGAUGGAGAGACCAAAGAGAUUUACCCCGUCUGUGCAGUCCUGGCAGCACUGAGACAAAUUGUUCAUGACAACACAUCGAUCACAGAGCAAAGCUCUCUUAUUGCACUGGUGCAUAAAAAGUCGACACAAUACAGAAACUGGAAAAACAUUUCCGUGGUCUGCCAGAGGCUAUCUCAGGAGAGUCUCACUCAGCUGUCAGAGAAGCUCAGUUUCUCUCAUGACUCCAGUUUAACACCAGUUGUCAUCCAUACAGCGGCCGUGGUUUACCAGUCCACGGCCCCUGAGAUGAACCUGCUCAAGACUCUUUGUACACAGCCCAACAAAGUCAUGCAAACCUUCAUUCCAACUAUGCCUGAUAUUCAACACAACCAGACAGAAUUUGGAGCUGAAGGAAAGUUGUGGAAAUGCCAAUGUGGACAACCAGUUGUGGUUGAAAAUUGUGGGAGGCCAUGGGUUAAAGCCAAAUGUCCAUACUGUCAUCGAGAGAUUGGUGGCACAUCACAUAUACCAGUGGAAGGCUUCAAAGAACUGACUGAUGCUGAUCAGAUGGGCCAUAUCCUGGGAGACCCAAGCAGCCGAACCUACCCAGGCUGUGAGAGGAGUUUAUCUGGAGCGUCUCUGUGCCUCGUCAGAGCACUCAUACACUCCUGCAUGCUGUGGGCAGCAAUCGAUAACCCUGAGGCCAUUAAGGCUCUCAUUUCUAAACCAAACUGUGAUGUUGGGAAGUAUCUGUGUGACCAUCUUCAGAAGGACAUUGAGCUGCUUGCUAGUGUCCUAGGAAAGAGCACAGAGGAUGCUGAAAUCGCUGUCCACAUGUUUUUGAGACAUAUCAUGGAAAGUCCCUCAGCUGAGCCUGGCUUUGAAAUUCACACAACUGAGACAAGAGAGAAGAGAAAUCAGUGGGAAAACCACAUGCAAACGAAGACACGAGCGUUCUUUUUGGAAUUUGAUAAAAACCUCUCAGGGGUGCACAAUGACAUUCUGCAGAAUAAUGUCGGGGACAUAUUAGUGAAUAUUCUGUACAGCAAAACACCACAGCUGACAGAUCUGUCCACCAUUGGCAUAUUCAACCUCCCACUCAUGUGGAGAUAUGAGCAGAGAAUGACCAUUCAGCACCUCACUCACCUGGUGGAACUGGGGGAUGGAACUGAGGGGUAUCCAGCACUUUUAGAACUUCUUAGAAAGCAUGGCCACAUUCAGCACAUCAGACAUCUGCCUCAGAUCCUGAGUCUUCAGCUGAAACUCAUGCUCCACUUUCGCUACACUGAUUUAGUCGACCUGAAAGACAUGUCAGUGGAAGAGUUCCUGACAAAAGCCCCACCAGCUGAGAGUCACCUACUUAAAGAGGGCGUGAAAAGGCUGAUGAGCGUGUGGAGACAUCUGAAGGACUCGUCUUAUCUUGAGAUUCCACCAGACCUUAAGCAGAGGGAGGAAGACAGCAUAAUGAUUCCUGAUCUUCUGCCCAGAGAAAACUCUGUAACACAAAUAGUAACGAGAUAUCUCGCCAAAAUGCAGAAUGACUGCAUUAACAGUGCCAAGAUCGAAAAAAGCAUACAAAUGAAAGCUGAGGACCUCAAACCCUCACACGUCAUCACAUGUGACUUGGAGGAGGACUUUCUCCCAAUGGCCAUCUCCAACUUUGGGUACAUUGUGAAUGAGGAUGGCACUGAAACCACCAACUAUAAUUUCAAAACCCUGGAGAGCCAGCUGAUCAGUCGCUUCAUCAGUGAGAAACCCCUCAUUGAUCUGUCUACAUUACCUUUAAUGGAGUGUAAUCCGGUGUCAACACUGCAGUCUUUCUUCAGUAAAGUGAAAUCUAAUCUGGAGCCCUUGCCAGCCCAGGAGAAGAGUUACAUCAUGAAUGAAAUGAGAUUCCUCAGUGAGAUCUCCGCUGCUCUGUCCACCCUGAGAAUAGCCAUUGGUUUCCUGGAGUUAUCCUUUGGCUCCAAAGACAUGCUGUUAGUGGAGUACAUGAAAACUGAGCUGAGAAUGGAGGACAGAGCCCAGCACCUGGAGCUGCCGGUUUUGAGAACCAGUCAAGUGAAGCAUAUUCAGUCUCUGUGGGAAGCUCUGUCCACCAGACGCUCAGCUCUGCUGACUGAGAUGAAUCAGGAUCCGUUCUUCAUGGUGGACUCAAAAUUCAAAGAGACACUGAGUGAGGAGGGAGAGAGAGAUUUGGUCACCAAACUGUCAGAGAUUAAAAACCUGGACAUGUUCCUCACUGAACUGCACGAUCUCAUCAUGAACAUGGAGGCCAGGGAGUUUAGGCCAGACUGGGAGUUCAGUUCGACUUUUGAAAACGUCCUCUCAUAUGACAAAGAGCUUCCUGAGGACUGCGUUACAAGCCUGAUAAAGCCUUUUGGAGAUGAUCUGAAGAUGAAAAAUAUUAUUUCUCUGUGGGGUCUUAGUAUUAGAAUUCAGAGGGGUAUUCCAGAAAGUGAGUUUAGUGAAACCUCUGAGUUAGUUAACUCAGACAAGGGCUCGGCAGAGGCGGGCAACAUAGUCACAGCAGCACAGGAAGGUGACCAGCCACGAAGCCAUCGCGGCUGCCGGUGCGAGGGGGAUGGCAAUGAUGAGAAGGAUGAAGAUGAUGAAGUGGAUGAGCUGGUGAUUGCGGGGCGGGGCACACUGGAGAGGAAGGCAGCCGCAUUCACACAAGGCACUCAUGCUCAGACAUAUGAGAUACAGACAUGCAAUAGAUGA